AUGAAGUCUUCCUCCCUCUUCACUGUUUUCCUCGCCGCUGGCGCUUAUGCCAUGCCCACAACUGCCGAGGCCGAGGACGCUGGCCUCGAGAAGCGCACUGGACCCGGUAUCGUCGCCGCAGCUGAGAAGAUGAAGGGCAAGCCUUACGUCUGGGGUGGUGGUGACAUCCACGGUCCCACCAACGGCGGCUUUGACUGCUCUGGUCUUACACAGUACUCCGUCUACCAGGCCCAGAAGACGGAGAUUCGGGGGGGCAACUGCAAGACUGGCGUCGUCCAUGUCGGCAUCUUUACCAGGCCAGGCUGGAUGGUCAAUGCCGCUCACACCGGCGUUCCCGUUCGAGACCAGAAGAUCUGGACUUUGUCUGGUGGCGAGAGCAUUUGCCCUGAUGCUGUCCGCUUCUGGUAG